AUGUCUGUCUUCUUUUUCAAAGGAGGCUCUCCGGUCCAGAUCCUGUGUCACCCUUUUUCGAUCAUGGCUUUCAUCAGCUACCUGCAGUCUCUGUUGGGCCCCUCCACGGCUUCCUCCGACCGCACUUUGAGAGGUGGCAGCGGCGCGUCGUCGCAGCGGUUGGGUAGCGGGGUGUGGCCCCUCUCGGCUCAGGUGCGGGAGGAGAUGAAGAGGGGCACGCGCUACAACAUGAAGGUUGUGCUGCGCGGCACCCGUGCGACUGGCAAAAGCACUUUGAUGGCGCGUCUAAGCGGCCACCCGCUGCCGGCGCGGUACACCCCGUCUACAGAGAUCAUCGCUUCGACCAUGCGGUUGCAAGGGGAGCUUUGCGCCCCACACGAGGGCACGAAGGUGGACAUCUGGGAGAUCGUUGAAGAUUGUCGCCAGGGAUCCACCUCGUCCUCGUCGGCGGACACCGGCGCAGCCAUGGCUGGCCAUAUCCCAACAGUCCAGCUUCACGAGGCUCUGCGUGUGGCGGCAGAUGCACGGUUGCUCGACAUGUACGCCGGGUGUCAACUCGUCAUAUUCAUGAUCGACCCUCGUCAGCGCAGUUCAUGGGAGUACGCGAAGCAGGAAACGCUGCACGUGCCCCCCACGAGCUGCAUCCUGUACGCCCUGAACUUCUCCGAUGUGGUGCCGCUCACCGGCGCCAGCGGGGCUGUCCGACUGGAUGAGGUGGAGGUGUGGUGUAACCGCGUCCGUCGAGCAACCACGGGGCUCGUGCACCGCGUGCUAAAGGGUCACCAGGCUCCAGCUGAGUUCUCAGUGCGUCCCAUGACUGCGAUGCUGAGCGCUCAGACAGGUGCAGGAAUGCUGGGCGUGGUGCGAGCUCUGCACGUGGCCAGCACCCUGGUCCGCAUCACAGCGGAGGAGGUGCGAGCUCAGCAACUCUUCGCACUCCUAGCGCGCCAACAGGCCGCACCUAUUGCUGGUCUCGAUUCAACAUGUACCCCACCAAACGGCACAGCAUCAGUUGGGGGCGCCCGUGCCGACCAAGCACCAGCGCCAGGGAAGCCGCCGCCUGCCGAGGCGCUGAGAGCCGGACCGCACACCCCAGCAUCAUCACCGCCUCUGUCUCUGAACGCUUCUGCAGGAUCUUCGUUGAAGACAGCAGCGUACACUUCAAUGACAGAUGCUGCGCAGGCUUCGGAUCACCCCUCUGUGGCGAUCACUGAGGUGCAGGCCAGCACGACACCAGCGUUGCAGUCGGACUCUGGAGGCCUUCGAAUGCAGCACCGCUCCAGCGCUGUUGUGACAUCCGUCAGUAAUGGAACCAGCUACGUAAACGGGGGCGGGAACGGCACGCAUCCGCAACAGACCUCGCUCACCCGUCCGAUGAGCGACGCGGAGGCCAUGAGGCUGUUUCUGGGCAAUAGCGACUGCGAUGCGUCGGGCAAAUCGUCGCCUCGCUCGUCCUCAUCCUCCUCUGUCUCGGGUGCGGCGAGUAGUCGUGCCUGGGUGACGGCGAAGCGUCGCCCUGUCGCGCAUCCGUCCGACGCCGAGACUGCACAGCUGUCAACCCUGAAUCGAACACCUGAAGGGCUGGCACAAGACGACUCUGCUGCGGCUAAUGCCAACGCGGCCGUCUCUGGUUUGACGGCCCCAUCGCUGUCGGAGGAGCUACCAUCUCCGCUGCCCGCUUCCCAGGUUGUGCGACCGCUGGCAGAGGACGUGGUUGGCUCCGUGGCUGCCGAUAUGGUGCACGACGUCAGUAUGUCCGUGGACGACUUCUUCGCCGAGGAGGGAGAGAAAGACGAGUUGGACGGCGCAGCGCCAGUGGUCGAUCCUGCGACACCGACCUCUGAUGUCCAUCGGUCUGUGGAACCUGGCUUACGCACUGUACGCACCUUGAGAACACAGCGCGUGGUUCCGAGGGCAAACAUUCCCGCCUCUGCUCAGGCCGCUGCGCCAGACCCUGUUUUACAGGCCGACGUGUCCAUUAUCCUCGCGCAGAUGAAGGCUGCGCUCACGGCAGAUGUGCCUACCGCCACUGCGGGCAGUGGUCCGGACGAUGCAGUGGUGCGACGCGCCACUGAGCUUGACUCCGCGCAGCAGGAAACGCAGCUAACACAGAGUGCGAAAAAGCUACGGUACUUGGCAAUCGGCGACUCUGAGGAUCGUGGGAACCGCCGCCACCACCGAAAGAAGCACAGUGAUGCGGCGGGCGGGGACGCGGUGGCCGCCGCGGCUGGGGAGCCGGAGGAGGUGGACAAUGGAAGCUUUGACUUAGUUCUGGUGUAG